AUACCCCAGAACCCGUGCUGCAGUUUGCUGCAGUUAAAUGGAGAUCUAGAGAUGCAUCAUUUGUUUCGUACCAAUGUAUAAACAUAAGUGUAGCACCUUUCUGCCUAUAACUUGAAGAACGACUUGUCCUGAGCAUGAUUGACUUUUUUAGAUCCGUUUCCUCUAGAGUACAUUUUGGUCAGUUGGAUAAAAGUGUAGACUCCAAUAUUUUAUAUGGUGGUGCUGAUAUUUUUGGUGAAUACGAGAAAAUUUCAAAGAACUUAUCAGACAAGCCUCUAAGCUCCUACACGGUGGACGCUCAUCAAUACAGUGGACCGCUGCCUUCUGUUAUCCCGAUUGGUGCACCAUGGCAACAGAUACACCUAUUAGCCAGGAAACAGAAAAAAGUAUAUAUUGAAUUGUUUGAGUUGACUCCUGUCAAGUUAACGUUCAGUUUUACUAGCACUCCAUGGCUCAGUAGGAAUGAAGGUGGUUCAGACUCCAGCACAAGCUUCAAUAACAGUACUGCUAUUCAGAUUGGCGAUUCUUUGGCCGCAGCAAAAACAUUGGAUCUAAGUGUAUUCUAACUUCGGCGCAGACAUUGUUGGUUUCUAGCUAGCUGG